AUGGAAGCAGCAACGGACAGCAGACGAUCGGCCGGCUCCGGUGUUGUCGCCGACACCGUCGCUGGCCGAGAUUGGUCUCGCUUGCCGGAGGAUCUGCUGGUAAGCGUUCUUGGAGCGCUGCACGUCGCCGACGCCAUCCGCUCGGGCGCCGUCUGCGCAUCCUGGCACGCAGCGUACGUCGCGUUCCGGCGGCUGCGCCUCCCAUCGCCGAGGCAGCCGCCCUGUCUGCUCUACGCUUCCGACGCCGUCGCCCCCGGCGCCGCCGUUCUCCACUGCCCGUCCACCGGCGUCACGCUGCAGAUCCCCUUCCCUCGUGCCCCACUCGCCCGCCGGCCUCUGCUGGGCUCCGGCCACGGCUGGCUGGUCACCGCCGACGAGGCCUCCGACCUGCACCUCCUCAACCCCGUCACCGGCGACCAGGUCGCGCUGCCGCCCAUCGCUGCGCUCCACCACGUCGAGCGCGGCACGGACGAGCAGGGCGACCCGGCAUACCUCGUCUACGAGAAUCUAUGCGGCGAGUACAAUCCUUCGAAGCGUCGAUGUGAGAUCGACACGAAGCCGACCAUGCUGGAGUUGGACCAGGCGCACUACUACAUGUACCACCGGGUGGCGAUCUCGGCCAGCCCGUCCGCCGGACGCGCCUGCGUCGUGCUGCUACUGCACAUGCCGCACGGCGAGAUCUCGUUCGCCAGGAUCGGCGACGAGCGUUGGACAUGGGUGGCGCCGGAGAACACCGCCGGCCUCCCAUGGAGGUUCUUCUACGUCGACAUCAUGUACAGUGACGCCGAUGGCUUGUUCUACGUGCUUGGAUCUGAUGCCGCCAUCUACAGCUUGGACCUUGAUGGUCCAACUCCGGUGGCCGCCAAGGUCCUCGCCGGCGUGCCCAAAUCGGCCAACUACACCAAGUACCUCGUGCAGACACCCCGAGGUGACAUCUUACAAGUCUGGAGGCGGAGGACCUAUGUCGAGUUGCUAACGCCGGUGGAGCUUCCGCCGGACUACGUGGACGAAGAUGACAUCCAGGACCCGUUCUUGGAGCUGGUCACGACUGAUGUGCAGCUCUACAAGGUUGAACUCCCACUACUACAGUCAGGUACUGCAGGGGCGGCUAAAUAA